UGGAUUUGAUUGAGAUAUGAAGACCGCUUAGAAAGAAAGGACACAAUUAUCCGACCCUAAACACUUCUCCUGCAAAUUCUCUCUCUGUUUCAUCUCCUUUAAUUUAAUAAUUUUUUUUUUUUAACUCUCUCUCUUGUGCUUUUUAUCCAUUAAAAAACUCCAUAAAUUCUGGACCUUUAACUCUUGCUCUCGAAUUUCGUGCCCAAAUCAAGUUCUCGAAUAUUGUCUUUUAAACUAAAAAAAAAAAAAACCCAACUUUACAUGAUUGGUCUAUAAUUCUCAAGUUUCUUUCCACAAACUGUGAUUUGCUGAAAUGGCGGGGAAGUUGGGUUCUUUCAGAUACACUUUUACGGAGAGGAGAGAGAGGUUGCUAUCAACAAAGGGGUACUCGGAGCUAGGUGGGUUUAAUCCUCUAGGGCCGUACGACGAAGAAGAAGGAGCAGGUUCGAAGUGUUGGUCGUUUGGUUCGCUUAAGGGUAGAGUUUCGAGGCUAUGGACAACAGCGAAAGAUGUGGGUUACAAAGCUUGGAAGAUGGGUCGGACCGACCCGAGAAAGAUUGUGUUCUCAGCGAAAAUGGGUCUGGCUUUGACUCUCAUCUCGUUGCUGAUUUUCUUGAAAGAACCGGUCAAAGAGCUAGGCCGAUACUCUGUUUGGGCUAUUCUUACUGUUGUUGUGGUCUUUGAGUUCAGUAUAGGAGCAACUCUUAGCAAAGGAUUUAACCGUGGGUUGGGGACAGUAGCAGCUGGAGGUCUUGCUUUAGGCAUGGCAGAGUUGUCAGAAUUAGCUGGAGAGUGGGAAGAACUUGUUAUUAUUCUGAGUAUCUUCAUUGUAGCAUUUUGUGCAACUUAUGCAAAACUAUACCCAACGCUUAAGCCUUACGAAUAUGGGUUUCGGGUCUUCUUGUUGACAUAUUGUUUCAUUACGGUAUCUGGGUAUAGGACAGGUGAAUUUGUUAAUACAGCGGUGACACGGUUCUUGCUCAUUGCACUUGGUGCUGGUGUUUGUUUGGUAGUAAACAUAUGCAUUUAUCCCAUCUGGGCUGGUGAGGAUCUUCACAAUUUGGUGGUAAAGAACUUCAUGAGUGUUGCAACAUCUUUGGAAGGUUGUGUUAAUGGUUACCUUAAUUGUAUUGAAUACGAAAGGGUCCCUUCAAAGAUUCUUACCUACCAAGCUUCGGAUGACCCACUGUACAGUGGCUACAGAUCAGCUGUAGAAUCUACAAGCCAAGAGGAGACUCUGAUGGGAUUUGCUAUCUGGGAGCCACCUCAUGGUCCUUACAAAAUGUGUAGAUAUCCAUGGAAGAACUAUGUCAAAGUAAGCGGUGCUCUCAGGCAUUCUGCAUUUACAGUCAUGGCUUUGCAUGGAUGUAUGCUUUCAGAAAUACAGGCCCCUCCUGAACGAAGACAGGUUUUUCAAAGUGAGCUUCAGAGAGUAGGUUUUGAAGGUGCUAAAUUGUUGCGUGAACUUGGGAACAAAGUGAAAAGGAUGGAGAAAUUAGGUCCUGUAGACAUACUUUAUGCAGUGCAUGAGGCUGCAGAAGAUUUGCAAACCAAGGUUGACCGAAAGUCAUACCUUCUUGUCAAUUCUGAGAGCUGGGAAAUUGGAAAUCGUCAGGAGCAGGGAGAUCCCCAAGACUUGCUGAGCUUGGAUGAGGACGAAAAUAAAAUACUGCAGCACAAGUCCUAUAGUGAAGCCAUACUUGAUCUCAGAUCAAUUACAGUUCCAAAAAGUUGGGAUGGUCAGAUCCCAAAUGGUGUGAUCUCCACCCGGCCUGCUGAUGUUUCUCCAGGAAGCGUUUUCCAGACACAAAUAUCAUGGCCUCGACGUAUCUCAUUUAAUGCCGAUGCAGUACCAGUAGUGGAAGAAUCAAAAACAUAUGAAAAUGCUAGUGCAUUGGCAUUAGCAACAUUCACAUCUCUUUUGAUUGAAUUUGUGGCAAGGCUUCAAAAUGUUGUUUACUCAUUUGAAGAACUAAGUGAAAAAGCAAAUUUUAAGGAUCCCAUUGAGGAACCAUCAGGAGUAGAGCACAAUGGGUUUUGGAACAGAUUCCGUAAUUGGCUGAAGUACUAGAAUUUGAUAUGGCCUCUACUCAAUUAAAGAUCAUGAAAAGAAGACGGCCUUAGUACUCCUAUGUCAUAAUUCAGGGGCUGUAACUUCUAAUGUUGUUCUCAAAAUUGAAACCUGCAUUAGUCAGUUCUGAAAUAUGACAGGGGACAGAUUUCUGUUACAAACAUUACUGGGAAAAAUGAACAUGCUUAGACCAGUUACCAAUGCUGUCUCAGAGAAACUCUGAAAGACAGACAGAGAACUUGCAUUCAAACUUGAUGAGAAGAUUGAUUAUAUCUGAUUAUCUAACUGAACUGAUGCAUAUGAGUAACUUUGUACAUUGACAAUGUAGUAUACGGUAAGUCAUAAUAUACUGUUCUCUACCCAAUUAUGCACU